AUGAUAAUUAAUGUUAACAAGAAUGCUAAUGAAGACGGUGAUUCAAAUUUAAAAAAACUGAUGCAAGAUGAAGUUGAUAAGCUUGGUGAUAUCUGCAGUGAUGAGUUUAUAGUAAAUCCAUCUGAUGUUGCUGCUGAAAAUGUUACUGUAGCUGUUCCUUCUGAAAAGGCAUCAUUAGAGAAUGUUAACUCUCAAUCGGAUGAGAUAGCUGACCUGGCUUCUUCUGAGGCAGAUAUAUUGAAGAUUGUUAAUACAAUUUCUGCUUUUAUUCCUGUUGAGAAACAGUUGACUGAACCGGCUGAUUUAGGUGAAAAACUUGAUUUACCUAAUAUCAUAGCUAAAAAUGAUGAAAUAGUUGCUGUUCCGAAAAGUAGACAAAAACUUGUUUUUAAAAGGAAACAAACUCUGAAUCAGGCAGCAGCUGGAUAUGCACUUCUUGAAAGAGUGAAGAAUUUAGAUGCGCCUGAAAAAGUUGCAGCCGUUGGGAAUGCUUUCGUAAAUCAUUGUCCUUUGUUGAUUGAAAGUGUUCACGAUAUGUGUAAUCAGUUCUGGCUUUCUGAAUUCAAUGAUUGGAUUGAAACUAAUACAUAUAAGAAACCACAUCCAUGCGGUGAAAUUUACUAUCCGAGAGAAAAGAUUUUACGGCCAGGAUUCAGACUUGGUGGUGAGGGUAUAACUAUAAAAGAUUUCUUUCAUAAGCUGAAUACACCCGGUGGUUAUUUGGAAUCGAGUCAUAUUGACUGUCUGUUUGCAUACCUGAGGAAGAAGUGUAAAUUUCUGAACAAUAAUUACACGGUUUGUGGAAACUGGUUUGACCAGUAUAUUCAAAACGGGUAUAAACUGUAUUUGGAGACUCAGAAUCUUAUUGAAUUACCACAGUUUGAAGCAAUAUACAAUUUCAUAGUUGGAGAGGAUGGACUUUAUAAGAGGGCCUGGGGUGAUGUCAAGCAUGUGUUAUUUCCGAUUCACCUUAAAGUUGACGGCGAAAAUAAGGACCAUUUUAUUCUUGGAAGGUUAAGUUUUGAUGACAGAAAUUUUUAUGUGUAUAACUCUUUGAGAAAUGACUUAUAUGACGAGUUUGCACGUAAUGCUAUUACUGCAUAUUCAACGUUGUUGCCAUUAAUAUUGGAAUGUGUUGGAUUUUAUGAUCGUGCUGAUAUCAACUUCUACUCUGAUCAUUAUAUUGGAAAGAAUAAAAGUGAUCCCUUUUCUUUUUCGUUUGUAGAAGAUGUUCCUGUUCAACAAGAUUCUGAUUGUGGUGUGUAUGCUGCUGCUUUUGCUGAAUAUCUGAUUGAAGGUGAACGUAUUCCUAGGGCUCUGCGUAUUAAGCAAAUACGUAACAGAUAUGCAGUUAACCUUUACAUGUAUGGUAGGUGGAAGAACAAGACUGGUUAUAUUUCUGAAGAAGACUAGUUGGAAUUUGUUUAUUUUUGGUAAAAUUUAGAUGUUUUUGUAAAUGUUUUUUUGAACAAUUAUUGUAAGACAAUAUUUUUUUUAAUAUGAAUUGUUGAUUUACAGAA